ACUAACGAUGCGAACCGCCAAUAACGAAGAAGAACAAGAGCUCACACCCACCGCGUCCAUUCUACAACGGAAAGAGCAGCAAAAGAAGAGCGGAAGUAAACGAAGAAGAAGACAGAGGUGCAUAAUUUGCAUGCAAUGGAUCAGAAAAUCCCUUACGAUGACUAUCAACUCCCAGUUGUGUUUCUGCCUUCCUAUGAAAAUCCUCCUGCAUGGAUUCCGGCUCAAGAUCGGGUAAAUCAUCCUGAUUAUAACAACGAGCUUACCCAGUUCCUGCCACGCAACAUCAUUUUAAAGAAACCUCCUGGAGCACAAUUGGGUUUCAAUAUCCGAGGUGGAAAAGCUUCGCAGCUUGGUAUCUUUAUAUCGAAGGUGGUGCCGGACUCUGAUGCACACAGAGCAGGACUCCAGGAAGGAGAUCAGGUGUUAUCAGUUAAUGAAGUGGACUUUCAGGAUAUAGAACACUCAAAGGCUGUGGAGAUUUUGAAGACAGCCAGGGAGAUAGUGAUGAGAGUGCGCUAUUUCCCUUAUAAUUACCAGAGGCAGAAGGAGAGGACUGUACACUAGGUGGCAGAGUCAUGCUGAAGGUUGACUAAGUGGCUUACUGAGGUGCUGUGGAACAUUCCUUGAACCAUCAGCUUCCCAGCUGCUUUUUUGACUAAUGCAGCAUUCAUCAUUCAUGUGCUAUGAGAGGUAUGAAAAUAUUAGAGUGCAUAUUUCAAGAAUUUACCCAAUUUACCAAAAUUUAUGUUUUGCCGACACAGCUCUAAGAAGCUUCAUCUAGACACUACCUCACAUUUCCUUGUAAUACAAAUAUAUGGUUUCUGUUACUGUAAAAUACAAGUAAGAAACUAUACAUGAUACAGGAAAGAUCAAUACCAUAAGGAUGCACUGGAUGUGAUUAUGGCACUGUCUGAAACAACUACACUAUAUGACCAAAGGUUUGUGGACACCUGAACAUUACACCUGAAUAUAGGCCUUCCCCACAUAAAGCAUACUGUUGUUCAGGUGUUCAGUUUACUGUAGCAUUAAGAUAAAUUCAUAUCCCCUCACUGGAUUUCAAGGACAUGCAGUAGUCCAAGCGUGUUCCACCAUGAUAAUGUGCAUAAGCUGAGGUACAUAAAGACAUGGCUUCCCACAGUUGAUGUGGAAGCACUUGGGUUGGGGUAUACAGAAUCGUGAACACCUAUAUGAUGAACUUGAACGCAGACUGCACACUAAACCUUCCCGCUUAAUCUCAGUGAUUUACCCCAUUCAUUCUAUAGAUGCUGACACAAAUUCAGACAUCUGUGCUCCAAAAUGUUGGACUCUUUAUAACGGUUCAUGGUGUUCAAAUAAGCUCCAUAAGCACAUGGUCAGGUGUUCACACACGUUUGGCAUUAAAGUGUUGUAUUACACGGUUCCCUUUUAAAAGUAUUGGAAAGGCAAAUCUUUAGUUUUUGCUAUGUACUGAGACGUUUGAAAUCAGAUGAUAAAUAUGUAACAACAGACCAGAAUUUUAA